CGGCGUGUUGACGUUUAUUUUGGCUGUUAUCUGAAUAUCGAUUCCCGUUGACGCGCUGCAUGACUGCAUCCAUCUAUCGCAAGACAAGAGCGUGUGCAUCGAUUUUCCAGCGAGUACUUGACUAGUGGGCGCAGUGUUUUCUUGCCGAGAGUACAGAUAGAGUAGACUCUGUGUGUCAGUGUUCUGCGGCCGGGAAUAGCUGAAGGAAGAGGGAAUCCGGGAUGACAGAUGCCCGCGAUGCAGAUCCGGAUGGGAUUAAUGCGUCGUCCACGCAGCGUAUUCAGUGCCUGACACGCAGGCAGCCAGCGACAAAAGCCCUUCCUUUAUUGAUGAAUCAUGAGCAGGCAGGAAUAGUUCUGCGCGCUCUCUCCUCUCAUUCUCAUCCGCAAAGUUAGUUGUAGCGCCCGCAGCUGAACACCAGCGUCAGCCUUUUUAUUGCCGCUCUACUUCCGCGUUCCCUUUACGCUUUCCCUGCUGUAUCUUGAACUGGUUGGCCCAAUCCGGGCAAUCCCGCCAAAUCUGUUUCCCCUGUUUGACUGAGUACGGAGCUAAUUGAAGGAGCUCUAAUCUGAAGAUGAAUCGGUGAAGACGGUAUUGAGCCGUGAUAUCUGUCUGUCAAUCUCUCGAUGGAGCAGAAGAAGGACGCGCUGUGUCCGCGCCUGCUGGACUACGUCGUCAUCGCGGGCAACCGGGCCUGCAGCGCGGCGGCGGCGCACUUCCAGCCCAACAUCACGCGGCCGCUGCUGCUGCGCCGGUAUCCCGUGGAGGACCACCGCGACUUCCCGCUGCCCUUCGAGAUCGGCUACUUCUGCCAGCCCGAGGGCAACGUCAGCUUCCGGCCCAAGCUGUCGCGCGACGUCCGCCGCACGGGCUCCUUCACCUUCACGCUGGUGGAGAAGGACUCGGCCAAGAUCCGCUACGGCGUCUGCUUCAACUUCUACCGGCCCCUCACCACCAAGCAACCGCCCCGCCGCCGACCCAGUCUGCUGGACGCGGAGCAGCGCGUGCAGCCGUCGCCGGGGUCGCUGUUCACGCUGACCUCGCUGUGCAUCCUGAGCCACCACGCCUUCCUGGCCACCUUCCGCCAGUGCCUGGCCGUGCUGCACACGCUGAUCGACGCCUGUGAUUUCCGCGCCGCCCCCACCGGCUACCGGGGCCAGGUGUGGGAGCUGCUGGCCGGCAACGUCACCUCGGAGCAGGUGGACGUGUCGGUGCUGCGCGAGAUCCACGAGAUCGAGACGUGGAUCGUGCGCUUCCUCUGCGCGCCCGUGCCGGUGCCCGGACGCACGCGCCUGGAGGUGGAGCUGCUGCCGCUGCAGACGGCCCAGUCCAUCGUCCACUUCGCCUUCCCCGACCGCACCCGCUUUCCCCUCGUCGACUUCCCGCUGCACCUGCCCUUCGAGCUGCUGGGCGUCGACAACGGCCUCAAAGUGCUGACCUGCAUCCUCCUGGAAAACAAGGUGCUGCUGCGCUCCAAGGACGUCAACGCCGUGUCCAUGUCGGUGAUGGCCUUCGUGGCCAUGCUGUACCCCCUCGAGUACAUGUUCCCCGUCAUCCCGCUCCUGCCCGCCUGCAUGCCCAACGCCGAGCAGCUCCUCCUGGCCCCGACGCCCUUCAUCAUCGGCAUCCCGGAGAGCUUCCUCGUCAUCAAGGGCGACAUGGCGCUCCCGGAGGACGUCUGGCUGGUCGACCUCGACGCCAGCCGGAUAUAUCCCCCCAACGGAGGGGCCGCGGCCGACGAUCUCCCGCCGUUGCCGGGCGGCGAAGCCGGCACUCUGCGCACCCACAUCGAACAGGUACGCUUUCGUGUUUAUUCUUCUUCCGGCUCUCGGUUAAACACGGACAUCCCCGGUCAGGCCAUGCACACGGUGAACACAGAGCCCAGCGCCAACGCGGCGGACACGGACGGCGCGGCGGUGGACGUGGCGACGCGCGUGGCCGUCGUGCAGUUCCUCAACUCGCCCAACGUCCUCGGCAACCUCACCGAGCACAUCCGCACGCUGCGCCUCUACCCGCGCCCCGUCAUCGCCUUCCAGGUCUACAGUUUCCUGCGCUCGCGCCCGGCGCGCUCCCAGUUCGUCGACCGCUUCGCCAAGACGCAGGCAGUAGAGUUCUUCGCGGAGUGGUCGCUGAGUCCGACGAACGUGGCGUUCCUGCGCGUGCAGACGGGCAUCGCCGAGCCGGCGACGCUGGGCGACAAGCUCAAGUGGUUCGCCGACGAACUGCAGCCGGUCUACUUCCAGGUCUUCGACCCGCACUCCACGCUGAACCACGCCAUCGCGCGCUCCCUGUCGGCCGACGACUACUCAUACUUCAAUCAAAUCUCUUGUGAUGUGCCGGAUCUGGAUCGUUUCUCCGACGAGGACUCGGUGGACCGGCAGCCGCUGCAGCACACGUACAGCAGCCUGGACUACGCCCGCGCCGACUUCCAAGACUCGCAGGAUGUGGAGCGGCUGACGUACCACAUGAUCAGCCGCGACCUGGAGAGCCAGCUGAAAAGCUACUACCAGCCGCCGCAGCAGCUGCACCUGCCCAGCGGCGGCGCGCCGGAGACGGCGCUGAGCCACAGCAGCUCGGCGCAGUCGCUCAACGACAUGAACAGCGACGACGGGCUGUCCAGCAGCGGCGCCUCCUCGCCGGGUAUGGGCGGCGGUCGGCAUUCCGCCCAGGAGGUCAUCUCCCCGCCGGAGUCGCUGCCCGCAGCGGAUGUUGCCGCUCAGAAGAUCCGCCCGCGUCUGGAGAGCCUCAAGGUGGCGGAGAGCGAGCGGUUCCGCGGCGCGGAGGGUCCGCUGAGCGGGCCGCCGCUGUCGGCCAGCGCCAAGCCUUCGUUGAUGAACUUCCGCUUCGGCUCCUCCGGCAGCACCGCCGACCUCUUCGACAAAAUCAACCCCGAGCAGGUGGCCAAGUUCCAGCAGUCCGUCACCGAGUUCGCCGACAAGGGCAAGCAGAACUUCCAGAAGGCCGCCUCGCUCUUCAAGAGUCUGAGCACGAAGGACAACGGCAUGGAGGGCAUCCCGUCGUCCCUGCCGCUGAAGAUCUCCAUCACGGGCAUGGGCACCUCCACGGAGACGGCGGGCACGGGCAGUCCGCCGCCGGCCAACGCCAACUUCGUCACGGACCUGGCCAGCAAGCUGCGGCAGGUGGGCAAGGAGCUGGAGCUGGCCAAGCACAGCAAGCCGCAGCCGUUCGGGCCCUUUCCCACCGGCCGGCUGAAUCCGCUGGAGCGCAACAACUUGAUCCGCCACGACAGCACCUCGGCGCCCUCGCCGCCCCUCCCGCGCCGCCCCAUCCACAUCCUCAACGGCGACGCGCCGGCCGAGAAGAACCGCGCCAAGCCGCCGGCGGUCAGCAGUGCGCCCGCCCCCGCGUCGGCGGCCAACAACCAGCUGAACGCGGACAACCAGAACUUCCUGAAGGAGGUGGUGGACAGCGUGAUCGCCGGCGAGGCCAUCAGCUGGCUGAAGUUGGGCCGGCUGAAGAAGCUGCUGGAGGACGAGAGCUACCGCAACUUUGCGCUGGCCCGCCUCAACGAGAACAACAGCAAGCAGAUGCCGGACGACCAGUACAUUGAGGACGUGAUGUUGUCGCGGGAGCAGUGGAAGGGCUAUCUGAAGCUGCUGCAGCUCAGCGUCGCCGGUCUGGAGAAGACCUUCCAGAGCUGGGGUCUCGGCGGAAUGGGCAGCGCGUCGCAGCUGUUUGAAAUCGCCUACACGCACUACUGCGAUUCGGCCAAGCCGGUGCCCGCCCCCGGACAGGCCGCCGGGUCCGCCUCGGCAAACUUCAUGCAGCUCUUUCAACGGCCGGUGUCGGCAUCGGCCACCUCCUCCCCGACCCCGACCGCCCGCCUGGGCGUCCACGAAGUGCCCUCCAGCGGACGCCUCCGCGCCUCGGACAGCGGCUCGACCUUCGCCGGCCUGAACACGGACCAGCUGGCGCUGGGCUUCCGCUCGGUGAUGCACAGCGCGGUCAAGUCCUUCACCAACAACCCCACCUCCAUCCUCAUCAGCCACCACGACGAGCCGCCCACCCCACCGACGCUCCGACCGGCGGCGGCGGGUGGCGGCAUCCCCCACAGUCCCCGCAGUUCCCCGACACCGCCUGGCGGCGACCUGCCCAGUCCGCUGGUGUCCCCGCGGGACAUCCCAGAGUCCCCGCCCAGUUCGCCGGACACCGAGGGUCCAGAUUCCCCUUCCCUCUCCCGCCGGAGUAGCCAGUCGGCCGAUGGACCGUCGGCGUCCAUGCUGCAGAAAUCCUACGAGCGCGAUCGGCUGUCGCUGACGGGGACGAACGCCGGGAAUGGCGGCGGCGAUGAGCAGCGGAUGGGGAUGAUGUACCUGGACCCGGAACGCUCGCCGUUCGCGUCGCCGAACAGCAGCCGGCGCAGCAGUCGCAGCACGGACGACGGGCACAGCUACACGGGCGGCGCCAGUCCGGGUUCGAGUCGCACGCGCAAACUGAUCAGCCACCAGUCGAUCACGUCGCAGAGCGCCGCCGUGACGCCGACGUUCAACGCGCACCGCAGCGUCCUCGACGAUAGCAGCGUGUCGGUGGCCGAGCUGGGAAACCUGAGCCGGAAGAGCAGUCUGAGCUCGGAGUUCCGCUACCGGCACGGCCACCUGCACCUGGUGUCCUCCUCGUCGGCCAGCAACCUGGCGGCGGCCGCCGGCGGCGAGCAGUGGGAGCUCGAUUCGGUCAGUGUGCCGCCCACCGCGCACCGCAGCUACCUCUUUGAAGGGUUGUUAGGGAAAAGCCGCUCCAAGAUCCUGGACCAGGCGCAGUUCUGGGACGACGCCUUCAUCGACGCCGUGGCCAUGGAGCGCGACCUCAUCGGCAUGGACCAGGGCACGUCCGAGCUGCUGGAGCGGUACCGGCACCUGACGGACGUGGACCGCAAGCGCAUGGAGCACGACGAGGACCGGCUGCUGACGACGAUGCUGUACAACUUCACGGCCUUCAUGGUGGCCGUGCAGGUGCGCAAGCCGGAGCUGAGGAAGACCACGCGCCGCCUGUUAGGCAAAUGCCACUUGGGCCUGGUCUACAGCCAGGAAAUCCACAAACUCCUCGAUCAGCUCGACGUCCUGAGCGGCAACGAGAUCGACUUGAAGCCGCCGAUCAGCCGGCAGUCGCGCAAGCAGUCCUUUACGGUGCACGCCGGCACCGACGGCUCCGGCGACAUGUCCUUCAUGGAGGUGCGCGACAACGGCCUGGUGGUGCGGAGCGUCAACGGCGUGACGCUGGAGCGCAUCUACUACAGCGCCCUCAUCAACAUGACCUACUCGCCCAAGACGCGUGUCCUGUGUCUCUGGCACCGCCAGGAGAAGCGCCGCGAGCGGGACCGGCGCGGGUCUAACCUGAGCCUGGGGGCGCCCCCCUCCACGGUGGGCGGGGGCGGCGCGGCGGGGACGGCCAGCAGCACCAAGCUGAACCAGUACUACUGCAAGAAGAGCAAGGAGCUCUACCACUGCAUCAAGGAGUCCAUGGAGCGGGCGGCCGCGCGAGGGAAGGCGCCCGUCGCCGGUCCCGACGUGGGCGGCGACUUCCCGAUCCAGGACAUGAAGAGUGGAGAAGGCGGGCUGCUGCAGGUGACGAUGGACGGCGUGGGCCUGCUGUUCGCCGACAGCAAGUACUUUAUGCCGCUGGGCCACAUCCGCAAGUGCUUCACGCAGAAGGGCGGCAUCUUCGUCAUGGAGGAGUACAACCCGGACACGCAGCAGGUCAUCCAGCGCAAGUACAAGUCGCUCAUGGCGGACCAGAUCUGCUACUCGGUGCUGUGCCUCUUCUCCUACAUCGCCGCCGGCCGCGACUCCAACGCCGGCGCCAACAUCGCCGCGCAGCCGGCCCCCGCGGGCGGCAGCGGCAGCACCAACAGCAAGGCCUCCAGCUGAUGGACGAUAGCUGUGCUGGUGUCCUUGUCGUGCUUAUGUGCCGCUUCAAUGCUGAUCAAACCGGUGCCCAGCUCUGGUGCGCAAAAGCUAAUACUGUAUCCGUGGCUGCACUGUUUGUUGCUGCAAG